CCUUUCCUUUAUCGCUCCACCACUCCACACUAAUGACAGGUUCCAGUAGCGAAGUUUUAACAAAGAAUGAAGUUUUGGCAGACCAACUUCAAAAGCUGUUAAAAGCUCAAAGCACACGCAUGGAGCUGUAUAAUGAGUUUGACAUUGCUUUUAAAGACUAUUUGAGUGGGAAAUGCCCUGCUGAUCAAUAUCAUUCUAUUUGCAAGAUUGUAACGGAAGGGUUUCAAGAUGUUUCUCAAGAAAUUCAGACGGCCGAAAAGGAGAUCUCAGAUAGCGUGAUUGCUGGUAUGAUUCGUGCUUUACAAGAUGGAGAAAAGGAAAAGUUAGAAAAGACGGUUAAAAUCCAAAUCUUGACGAUUCAAGCGAAGGAGUCUGAUAAAGAUUUUGAUGAAACUAUUAAAGAGCUCAAGGACAGUCUUGCAACUGUGAAUGAAAAGAAUCAAGAAGUAUGGGAUGAACUUCGCGAGGAAAUGCAUGGUGUUGCCUCGCUUGUUUGUUAG